AUGGGUAGCAUGGUGGCGCUGAUGGAGCGGAUGCAGACCAGCAUCGACAAGCUUACUACGCCGGAAGGUACUUCCCAACUCGAUUCUGGCCAAGUUACUACCUUUGUGACGCCUCCUCCGCGUCCAAGCUCAAACCUUUCACCGAUCCCGGAGGUUUCUACUCCUCAGGACACACCACCUACACAAAAUCCACCUCCUUUUCCACCCACCCUCGGACGACUAACGCCCGCCCAACUGCCAUUACCGCCAAGCACGCAGGAUGCUCGACAAAAAGCCGUGAGCACGGAGAGCGAGUCCCUCGUGUCCACCACCAUGGUGUCGUCCUCGCGACAGAUCCAAACACAACGCACAAACCCCACCACCCAACCCCAUUACUAUCAGCCUAUGCCUACCACCCAAAACCCCACACCACCACUACACCCCACCACCGCCCAGAACAACCACCAUGCCGGUCACAGCACCCAUCCACAACCACCACUUAGCCAGCCACUACACCAAACCAUGCCAUACACCCACAACCAUUCUCCAAACCAAUCCUUUCCACAAACCCGAUUUCAGCCACAGCAUACAAACACUGACUUGCACCUACGUACACCCCAUGUGGAGCUGCCGAUCUUUACUAGCGAAGCACCUAGAGCUUGGUUACUGGAGUGUGAGGAUGUGUUCGAAUUGGUUGACAUACCUGUGGCCAACAGAGUUAAGUGGGGAUUGGCUCACAUCAGAGGACAGGCAAAAACCUGGAUCAGCAGUUCGGGGUUGCACUUGCAGACACUAACCUGGCAGGAGCUCAGCCAGGUGCUGAUCGAUCGCUUCCCUGAUGCAACAGCUAGUGAUCCUAUGGAUCAGCUACAACUGCUCAAGCAAACCACUACAGUCAAUGCAUAUAUUGAUCAAUAUGAGCAGUGGAUGACUCAGAUGAAAAGAGAGCGCAGCUACUUGCCACAAGAUUUCUUCGUGGAUCGAUUCACUAGUGGACUUAAAGACAGUAUCAAACAUCUAGUGCAAUGUCAGAAGCCUGAAACACUACUGUCAGCUUAUUGGUAUGCCAGGAAGUAUGAACAUGCCUACUUACUGAAUGUGAAGAAGACAACCCCUCCUGCACCUGCUCCUCGCGUGUACCCACAACAGCAACCAAUCCAACGUCCCCAGCUACCAAGGGACAAUCGCAACAGACCACCAAACAACAAUAGAGGGCCCAGAGUGUGUUGGUAUUGUAAUGACAAUUUCUUCUUGGGGCACAGAUGUCCUCAAAUGCAAAGGACUCUGAAUAUGAUUGAGUUGCAGGGUUAUGAUGAUGAAGAAGAAAAUCCAGGCCCCUUAUUGAUAGAUCCUCCUCCACCAGCAAUACAACAAGUUCUGGUACUGCCUGAACAAGCUCCAGUACCACAGCCAAACAUACCACCACAAGCACAAGUUCCUGAUGAAGUAGCAAUGUGCAUAUCUGCAGCAGCUUAUAGUGGCAGUCCAAGUGACUCUACAAUCUCACUUCUCCUCAAAUUCAGUAAGGCACAUGCAGUGGCAUUAGCAGAUACUGGCAGCACAAGUACAUUCAUGGACUUGACCUUUGCACAGAAGCACAAUAUCCCAUUGACAGCAACUGAAGAAAGGACAGUCAAAGUGGCAGGUGGUGGAAUACUAUCCUCUGGGUUUAUAGCCUACAAUUGCCCUUUUACUGUCCAAGGAACUAAAUUUGUCACAAAUUUUCGAAUCUUAGAGCUGCAAGGAGCUGAUGUCAUACUGGGGGUGAAUUGGUUUAAGCAGCACAACCCAGUCACUUUUGACUUUGUGGAAAGAAAACUCACUAUUGGUGUCCAGGAGAAAAUAUUAACAUUCCAUGAUCACCUCCUUCCUACUGACAAGCUGCUCAUCUCAUCUGAUCAAUGCUGUAAGCUGUUGGCACAAGGAGCAACUGGUUAUUUGUUGUGCUAUACACAAAUGGAGGAAAAUCAACAGGACAACACAUCUGAACCUCCUGUAUCUGAUGCUGUCAAGGAGCUCCUACUGCAAUUCAGUGAUAUAUUUGAAGCACCAAAAGGGCUACCUCCUCCGAGGGAACAAGAUCACCACAUUCCUUUACUGCCAGGAAAACAACCACCAAAUAUCAGGCCCUAUAGAAUGUCUCACACUCUCACAAAAAAGGAUAAGUCCUGGAGGCUUUGUACUGACUUUAGGGGACUCAAUGAGCAAACAAUCAAGAACAAGUUUCCUAUUCCUGUGAUUGAAGAUUUACUGGAUGAACUCCAUGGAUCACAAUUCUUCUCUAAGUUUGACCUCAGGUCUGGUUAUCACCAAAUCAGAAUGCGUGAACCUGACAUAGAGAAAACUGCCUUCUCCACUCAUUUGGGACAUUAUGAGUAUCUUGUCAUGCCAUUUGGGUUAUGCAAUGCACCUGCAACAUUCUGGCAGCUGAUGAACACUAUUUUCUCUCCUUAUAUCAGAAAAUUUGUUCUGGUUUUCUUUGAUGAUGUGCUAGUCUAUAGCAAGAACAAGGAGGAGCAUCUACAGCAUCUCCAGAUUGUACUCCAAGUGUUCAGGGAAAACAGCCUCAAGGCCAAGCUAUCUAAAUGCAAUUUUGAGCAACCUCAAGUGGAAUACCUGGGGCACAUCAUUUCUGGUCAGGGAGUUGCCACUGAUCCCUCCAAAAUACAAGAUAUUGUUAAUUGGAAAGUCCCUCAAACAAUCAAGCAGUUGAGAAGAUUUCUGGGUUUAGCUGGUUACUACAUGCGUUUUAUCCCUCACUAUGCUUUGAUCUGCCAACCCUUGCACCAGGCACUCAAGAAAAAUUCUUUUUCAUGGGGAGUGGACCAACAAGCUGCAUUUGACAGACUCAAGCAAGUCAUGUCUCACCCCCCACUGUUGGCCUUACCAAAUUUCACUCUCCCUUUUGUCCUGGAAACUGAUGCUUGUGACACUGGCUUAGGAGCUGUAUUGAUGCAAGAAGCCAGGCCAUUGGCUUAUUUCAGUCGUGCAUUGGGUCCCAAAAAUGCAGCUAUGUCAGUUUAUGAAAAAGAAGCACUGGCUAUCCUGGAAGCACUGAAAAAAUGGAGGCACUAUUUCCUGGGCAACAAAUUGGUAAUCAAGACUGACCAAUACAGCCUUAAGUACCUGGCAAGCCAAAGAUUAUUGGAAGGAAUCUAG